CGGGGAAGCUCAACUCCAAAAGGGGGCCUGUCACGAUGGCCGGCGAUGAUUUGCCUAAUGCCCGUGGCUUGCUUGUCUGUCGCCGACGGAAGGGCUUUGCGUCAACGGUCCGAAGACACAAGGACAACCCCGGCCCCCCUACACGGAGAUCAAAACGAGCCAACGAACGAAAUGACUUUGAACUGACUAAGUGA